UACGUGCUCAGUGUGUUUAGGAACAACGGAUGAACCGUAUGAUAAACUGUCUUUCAUUCGACUUAGAGAUGAUAAAUGAUGUCAUAUAGAGAGCUAUAAACAUGGAGCACGCUAUGGAGUCGGAAUUACAGAAAGCAGGGCCGUCCGAGUUCGAUCAGAAGAUCAUCGAGGAUUUCUUCAGGGAGCACUGCCGCAGUAGUAAUUCUCGAUUAGGACGAUUGGACGUCGAUUGUUGGUCAGUCACUCGACGGCUUGUAGCGUUCCUCUCCGAGAUCGAUGACCGCGAAUCGUCAGAGCCUCCACGUCGCGUACGUUGGGUCAUCCAAAAGCCUUUAUCGGUGUUACGAGAGCCAAAACGAUACCACCCCAUAAAACGACACAUUGCUCAUAUCUUUCGCAAACGAUUACUCGCAGAAGACCAUCAUGUUUCUAGAAAGGACAAAUCCCGCCAAAUGCGACAACGCAUUACGAACGCAACAACAACGGUCUUUGAAAGCUCGACAAUAAGUCAUUGGGUCAUCGAAUGGAAGGGAUACAUUGUUGAUGCAACGGUCAUGCAGUUUAUUGAACUUGACCGUGUUCUAGACAUCGAUGGGCUGAACGAAUUAAGGAAAAGAUGUUAUAAUGAUGAUCAAUCAAUGACGUUUAAAAGUUGUUCAGACAUUCAUCCUCCCUGGGUGUAUAAUCUUGUAUCGAGGGGAGGAUGGUAUAACGAUUAUGCGUUGGGCGUGGCCACCAAACCAUACUUUUUCGGCAGUGAGAACGAACACCCAAUCAGGUGUUACGCUGAGGUGGUCAAUCAGCAUCUCACAUCAUCAUGAUGAUGAAUCCCCAAAAGGUUAAGUAGUACAGUUUUCAGACGUGGUGAUAUUAAUGAAACGGGUAUUAAAACAAUCUUUCG